AUGGUCCGCCGGGCUCAAUCCAGUGUUCCCGCCGCCUCGCGCCCCUCCACACCUCCUGGAGACGAUGUCGACGAGACUCCAUUUUUCGACACCGUUGAUGAACUUCAACAACAUGGCAUCAAUGUCCAAGACAUCCUGAAGCUGAAGUCCGCCGCCAUUAACACCGUGUCUGGCGUGAAUAUGACGACCCGCAGACAGAUGCUAAAGAUUAAGGGUAUGUCAGAAGCGAAGGUGGAGAAGAUUAAGGAGGCUGCCCACAAGAUAUUGGGAUCGUCGUUCGCAACUGGCAUAGAGGUACAGGAAAAGCGGAAGAAAGUCCUUUCCAUUAGCACCGGCAGUAAAGCUGUCGAUACUGCUCUGGGUGGUGGUAUCAUGUCUCAGUCAAUUACCGAAGUGUACGGAGAAUUCAGAACUGGGAAGACACAACUUGCCCAUACCAUGAGCGUUUUGGCUCAGCUUCCUGGCGAGAUGGGAGGAGCUUCUGGCAAGAUGGAGCUCAUCAAUGAAUGCUCUCUCCGGUUUGCUGAGGAUAAGGAUUUCAGAGUACUCAUCGUAGACAGUAUCAUGGCCCUCUUCCGGACCGAUUUUUCUGGCAGAGGAGAGCUUAGCGAACGACAACAGAAGCUUGCACAGAUGCUCUCUAAAUUGUCCAAGUUGUCGGAAGAGUACAACAUUGCUAUCCUCAUAACCAACCAAGUACAAUCCGACCCUGGUGCUACUAUGACCUUCGUGGCUGGAGGAGCCCUGAAACCAAUUGGCGGCCAUAUUCUCUCCCACGCUUCGGCCACUCGCAUGUUCCUGAGAAAAGGCCGGGCAGAAGAGCGUGUGGCCAAAUUGGUAGACAGUCCCGACAGACCCGAAAGCGAGGCGUCAUACAAACUGGAUGAAGGGGGUUGGGCUGAUGUUUGA